UUUGUCCUGUGUUCCUUUCUACUCGUACCGAAAAGCGACUUCCGUUUUUAGAAAAUAUAUACGUACCCGAAAAGAAACUUGUUAAAUGGCAUCACGCUCCGGUGUCCGGAGGCGCUGCAAGAAUGCCUGGACAAGCGACUAGGAGGGUCGGAAGAAGGGUGAAAAUGUUUGCUGGCCUAAGGUGCUAGAAAUUUCGCGUGUUGCUGACUUGUGAGUAGGAACACCACUUCAUUCAGCAGCAGAAGAUAUAAGCAGUCAUACACUUAUCAGCCACUCAGUCAGGUGUCAACUGUGCUGCUGCAAUGAUGUUCAGUUGAUCUGCUUCAUCUGUAAAUGGUAGGGUGAAACAAAAUCAGUGAAACAGAGAGAAGCAAGUGAUAAAUAAAUUAUUCUGAAGACAGUAAAAAGGAACAUCAUGACAAAAGCCAACUUUGUCAUAAAACACAAGGGUGAAGAUUAUGAUAUCGGAAAAUUUCUCCAUUUUCACCCUGGAGGCACUAACACUGUUGCUCCUUAUAGAGGGAAAGAGAUUAGUCACAAAUUGGAUGAAAUACAUCAUGCUCCAUCAGCAUAUUACAUGAUGAAAGACUACAAAGUGAAGAAAGGGGAAGGAGAUGACUUAGAGAAAUAUGUUGAUUGGUCCAAACCAAUGCUGGCACAAGUUGGAAAACUUGGAAAACAUUAUGAUCAAUGGGUGCAAUCUCCUGUAGAUAGAGAGCUGAGAUUAUUUCAGUCUGAUUUUCUGGAGAAACUGUCAGUAACAUAUUGGUAUGUGAUACCAUUAGUAUGGGUUCCUGUGACAUCACUCUUCAUUCUUAAAGGGAUCUCUCAUAACAACGAAUUUUCUGCAGAUCCUACAUUCCCUGCAUGGGUGAUUGGCAGCUUCCUGUUCGGAGUAGGACUAUGGUCUCUCCUAGAGUAUACUUUACAUCGAUGGGUAUUCCACAUGAAACCUCCAGCAGAUUCUCCUGGACUUAUCACAUUUCACUUUUUGAUACAUGGGUUACAUCAUAAGGUACCAUUUGACCCAGGCAGACUGGUUUUCCCCCCAGUGCCUGCUGCCAUCAUAACAAGUAUAGUAUAUUUAAUCUACAUCAUACUUUUCCCUGCUUCACUGGCUGACUUCAUUUGUGCUGGAUCCAUAGCAGGGUAUAUAGCAUAUGACCUCAUACAUUACUAUCUUCACCAUGGAUCGCCUAACCCAGAUUCAUACCUAUAUGAAAUGAAAAGGUACCACAACCAACACCACUUCACCGAACAUGACAAUGGAUUUGGUAUCUCCAGCAAGUUUUGGGACUACAUCUUUGGAACAAGAAUACUGCUGCGAAAACUGAAAUGGGUAUUGCGAUGGUGAUGUUGAACAGUUUCCAGUUCCAAUGCAUCAUAUAUUUAUUUCAUUCAUGUAUAUGUGUGCAAAGACCACAGCAAUUCAGUGUUCAAGAAACUUGUAAUUUAUUUCUAUAUCUGAGAUCAAUGUUGUUUAUAAGUCCACUGUGUGGGCUAAAGAGCUUACUUUGUGCAAAACCAAAAGACAAGGCACUGUCUUGUAUGAAAGGUCUGGGUAUGGAUGUCAGUUCAGGUAUGACAAUGUCCACAAGGAGGAGGAACACCACUCUGGCCAUGCAUAACUAAAACUGGCAUAUCUAAAAGACAUUCAUUUUUACUUAAUGACUUUUUUUUACAUAAAGUGUUUUUGUUUCCUUUUUUAACUUACAAAGUGUCUUGCCUGUAAAACAUACAAGUUUAUUUUCACCAAGUAUAUGGGAUUCCACCACAGGCUGACAGACAACACAGCUGAAUAAUGUGAUCAAUCUUUUGUUUUAAACUGAAGAGUUUUAUCAAAUUUUUCUAAUUAAAAUUAAACGAUGUAUCAAUUUUUAAUGAUUCGAUUAUUUUAUUUUGCACCUGAUUUCUAAAAUUUGAGAUACAAGCAAGGGACACUACUCUGAAUUUCAUGCUACUAUGAACAUUUAUAAAAGUGGUAGCCAAGAGAAUACUUGGAAACAACUAACCUUUUAGUGUUCUAAGAUUUGUAUUGAGCCAUAUCAUUUUCAAUAUGAAAUUUUGUUUAUAAUCAGUAAAUUAAAAUUUUGUAAAUUUCUGUAAAUUAAAUUCUUGCUGGUUAAGAACAGAUCCAUAUAUAAAUAUGGCAAUAUGAUGGGAAAAAAAGAAAAGAAACACACGGCAAUAUGUAACUAAAACAAACAAGACAAUAUGCUUUUCUACAACAAUAUGUUCGAAGAAAGAACUUAAAAUUAAUCUCUUGAAGAAAUGUAAAAUUCAUCUUUUACAGCAUCCCCAAGUGUGGUAUAUGUAACAGAACAGUGGCAGUUCUCCCAACAUUAACAGGUCAAAGUGUUCCAGAAGAAAGUGUCAUUCAAGUUCCACACUUUCAGUGUGAAAAUGUGGUGCCUUAUUUCUGAAUUGUGAUCAAUCAUUUUAUUUAUAAAAAUAUUUUCCUGUGUUGUUAUUUUCACAAAACCUCACUUGACAUAAUUAUAACCAAAAGCACAGCACAGAAUGUGCCAAGAAAUAACAAGGAAUGUGGAAUAUUAUCACAGGUAAAUAACACUGCAACAAAUACUGUAUUACAUACAUUAACCGCACAUUAUAUUUCCCUAGUUUAAAACAGAAAUCACCAAAAAUAACUUACUUUUGUCUCAUUUUAUAGCAUUUUCCAUAAGAAUGCAGCCUGCUUUACUUGUACUGGAACACUGGGGUUAGACUGUACAGUUGACUUGUACACAAUACUGCAAAUUCUGGCUGUCAAGAUAGUGGCCAAUAGUUUUUAAAUGUUUUUCUAAAACUAAGACACUGAGUUUAACUCAAGAAGUCUUCACAAUUUAUCAUUUUUUAAAUGUGUUGACAUAAAUACAUUAAUGUUACAAUUAACACAAAUAAAUAAUU